AUGGAGGCAGAGGGUGCUAACACUGCUUCAACGAUUGAUAAUGCUAAUUCAUUGAAGAGGAAGUCUGAUGAUAUUGGUUGGGAAUAUGGACAUUUGGUCGAUCCGAACAACAAGGAUAGAGUCAUGUGUAACUUUUGCAAGAAUAUAAACUCGGGGGGAAUUAACCGUUUCAAGAAACACAUUGCUCAAGUUGGCGGCGGAGUUUCAAAGUGUAGGAGUUGCCCCAAUGAAGCUAAACUAGCAUGCUUGAAAUGGUUGGAGGGAACAGAAAAGAAAAAGAAGGACAAGGUUGUUCGUGAGCUAGGUUUGAGAGAUGAUGUUCAAGUCUCCUCCGGUGGACAACAAGAAGACCUUACUUGUGCAGGUAGCUCUGAACCUCACAAGUUAGGUCCUAUAGACAAGUGGACACGUGCCAUUGAUCCUAGCUUGUCUUCAAGUGCAUCAUUUCAGCAACAAAAGAUAAAUCAAGCACUUUUUAAUGAGAGGACACUUCAAGUCCAGCAAUAUAUUGCAAAAUGGGUGUACACACAUGCUGAGUAUGCAAGGACUAAGAGCUUGUUAAGUGAUCGAGAGGCGGAGAAGGAAAAGAAUGGCUGCUCUAUAAUGGCUGAUGCUUGGACGGACAUGAAGAGGAGAAGCAUCAUGAACAUAGUUACACACUGUGCUGAGGGAACUAGUUUUAUAAAGUCUAAGGACACAUCAGCGAUUUCUCACACAGGUGAAGUCAUCUUUGAGCUAGUUGACAAUGCAAUCGAGGAAGUUGGAGCUGAACAUGUGGUGCAAGUGGUGACAGACAAUGCUUCCAACAAUAUGGCAGCAAAGGCCCUCUUGUUGGAGAAGAGGCCAAACAUAUUUUGGAGUUCUUGUGCAACUCACACCAUCAAUUUGAUGCUCCAAGGAAUCGGCAACAUACCAAGGUUCAAGAAGAUUGUAGAUCAAGUUAAGGCUUUCACCAUCUUCGUAUAUGGCCACCACCGCACCUUGGAAUGCAUGAGAUCCUUCACCAAGAAGAGAGAGAUCAUCCGACCAGGUGUGACUCGAUUUGCUUCUCAAUUUCUUACUUUGCAAAGCUUAUUGGAUAAGAAAGAUUCUUUGAGGAAGAUGGUGGUGGAUGCGAAGUGGGAAAACAUUAAGGAGACGAGUUCAAAGAAAGGCAAGGAGGCUUAUGACACGAUUCUUAGUGUUAGAUUUUGGAAUGGUGUGGAACAAUGCUUGAAAGUCUUUGAGCCAUUGGUGAAAUUGCUUCGAUUAGUGGAUGGGGAUGUGAAACCUUCUAUGGGUUUCGUGUAUGGUGAACUUUUGAAGGCAAAGAGAGAGAUAAAGGAGGCGUUUAAGAAUGAAGAACUUCGUUACAAAGAAGUCAUUGCUAUUGUGGAGAAGAAGAUGAGAGGCCGACUUGAUGCUCCAUUGCAUCUAACGGCAUAUCUUCUUAAUCCUCACUACAGUUAUGCCGACUCGUCAAUAUUUGACAAUGCCGACAUUACAACAGCAUUGCUCACUUGUGUUGAGCAGUUCUACCAUGGUUGUGAUGAGGAUAUACAUGAUGAAGUGGUGAACAUUGAGUUCACAAAAUUUCAAAGGAAACAAGGACUCUUUGGAAAGAAGAUGGCAAAGAAUUGUGUAAACUUUGACUACAAUCCUGGUUAG